UGGGAAUUGGGAAUGUGGAGAACACUUUCGCCUUUUCCGGGUUUCCGGAGUCGUCUUGCCCGCCGGCCAACACGCCGUCGGGCCACUAAGGCAGGGGUAGCUUUAAUCAGCAGUCCGUCAGCGUCAAUCAGUGGAGGUAAGAUGGGCGCUUAGCCUUAGCCACAAGUAACACCCUCCAAGCGAACAGGUGAAGCGGGAGUGGCGAGCAUGUCUAGUCUAGCAGACGCAUCCAUGCGUGGGUGUUUGCUUUUUUCGAUUUUCCUUUUGAGAUCUAUCAUAUGCUGGUCAUCGGCGCUAUCCAAGAUUCGUCCUCAAAUGCAGGAGAGGCCUGCAUACCUUCCCCCGAUGAGUGAUGAAAAGGCAGAUGCAAAAAUUUACCUUGUAACAGUGUCCCUCCAAUCUCAAUGCAGCUCCUCCCGUGUCGCAUUCCUUAUCUCCUUCGAGAAGUAUGUCGGAGUGGAACUCGAAAAUCCUUCUGCAUUUGGAUUUCCUCCGAACCCCGAACAGAUGAAACGGAGCUGUACGUACUCACUUUGGUCGUUGUGCACCUGACAUGCGAAUAGGGGCAUGCACAUUCUCGUGCUUUGGUUAUGUUCCACGAGUGUCCCUGGGUUAUCCUGGGCCCGUCACUGUGGGUGUCAAGGUCAUGCCUUCGUCGUUAGAGCUUACUCGGUACGAGCAAGACAGGCUUCCCGCGGGAUGGUUCGCGGGAUGAGUACCAUGGUUCGGGCAAUAAGCAGCCUCAUUUAGGGCCAGAGAGAGCCUCUAGGGUGGUUGAAGUACCCUUUCGAAAAUAUUAUUGAUAAUAGAC